GUGUCCAUGCCCGGCCAUUCUAAGUGAAGAGGGGACAGAACACUUUUUGACUUUUUGUUUUUAAAAAGAGGAAUUUUUUUUUUCUUCACAAAUAAACUAAAGGAUCAACCGCGAGGAAGAGACAGUAAGAAAACUAAUGCUUUCAUCUUUCAACUUACUUUAAAUUGAAUUGAGAAGCACAUGACAACUGGUUUUUCCACUGGAUUCUUUACUACCAGUGGUUGACCUUUUUUCUUUCUGUCAUUAUAUUUCAACUGACUUAAAGCACAAUGGUUGCCGGAAUGCUGAUGCCGAUGCAUGAACUGAAAGCCAUCUAUGAAGUAUUAUUUCGAGAUGGCGUUAUGGUGGCCAAGAAGGACAAGAGGCCUCAGAUCAAGCACCCGGAAGUACGAGAUGUGACCAAUCUCCAAGUAAUCCGUGCUAUGGGCUCUCUGAAAUCUAGAGGCUAUGUACGGGAAACAUUUGCUUGGAGACAUUUCUACUGGUACCUGACCAACGAUGGCAUUGUUUACCUGCGCGACUACCUCCACUUGCCUGCUGAGAUUAUUCCAGCCUCUUUGCAGAGGGUUAGGAGACCAGCUGCUACCCUGGCCCUUGCUCAUCGCGCUGCGCAGGUCCAGUCUGUGCAAGGCCCUACGUCUUACGUUCCCAAGCCAGGUCGCAGGGACGAGUCCGAGAGCCAAGAAGCGCUAGCUGAACGCCGAGGCUAUCGCUACAAAACGAUGGGUCCAGGAGAACGGGGGAAUUACAACGAUAGGACCCCUAGGUUCAGGGGCCGUCCACUUACUGAGGAACCAGUGAGGCCAAAGCUGUCAUUGGAGGCUAGGGACCAGCAUCAGCCUCUCUACCGGAGAGGUGCCAGCUUCAACAGCGAAUCAGUCAAAGAGGUGGAAAGCACAAAACGAUUCACUCAUCAAGGGCCUAGCGUGAGAAAUGAAAGGCAGGUAGAGUCACAGGAGAGAAGGAUGUUGGGUACUCAGAAGAUGAACUCCAGUUCUGCUCCGCUUCAAACAGCAGCUUUGACGCAGGAUGAGUCCCAGGCCUCCCUGAUCUCCUCCUCAGUGGCCUUACCAUUAUCUGUGGCUGCAGCCGGUGUGGCUGCAGGUGCAUCAAAGAUGGCAGUUAGCUCGUCUGCUGCUCAGACAAGUGUCAAAAUUACAAAUGUCGCAAAACGGGAGGUUUCUUCUGUGAAAUUCACUCAGGAGAUCAGUCCGACAGCAGCCGAGCUUCCGAGUGGGGAUGCUACAGAAGACAAAACAAAACCAGAUGAAGUCACGGUACAUGAAAUGCCAAUGCCCAAACCGGUUCUUACAAUGGAAUGCACUCAUAAAACUUCCAAAGUUUAUUCUGGCUCUGUCACCUCUGGAAAGAUUAGACUGGUUGAUGCUGAUCCUAAAAAGCAAAAGAAAGAGGAAGUUAUUGAUGAGUCAGUUAAGGCAACUGAUAAAAAGCCCCAAGCCCUGGUGAAACUUGAAGUUGGCAGUGAUAUCAAAGAGAAGACUGCCAAAGUUAACAAGAAGAGCGCCAAAACCAAUAAGGCUAACCAGACCAGCAGCCCAAUAUGGACCACUGAGGAAACAGACGGCAUCUCCAACAUCACAGUGACUCAAGAACCCGUCCAGCCAGAAGUACGCUCACCAGUUCUUACUGCAAAGCCUGAUGCUCAGGCCUUCCCUCCUAAAGUGGCACAAGCAGCAGGACCCUCAUCACAGGGAGUUAACACCACUCCCAAAACUCAGGCAAAACAGGAAGAUCCACAACUGAUCCAAAAGAACUAUACUGCAACAGAGAUGAUCAUUAAACUGGAGGAAACUGAUCUAACAGAGAUGCCAAAAGCCAAGAAGGAUGAAACAGUGUCGCCACGAGAGGCUUCUAAAGUUUUAGGGCAGGACCUUAAAGUGCAACAGGUCAUCCGUUCAUCUCUCUCCACUCAGAAGGAUGCUGCAACAGAGGAGGGUAAAGAUGCUAAACAAGCAGGUGACGGGACCCCCAAGUCCAAGAAAAAGAAAAAGAAGCCUCCAGGUGAGAGUUCCAAGAUCACUGUGGAACAGGAUCAUCCUCAGUCAAAGACAAAGGAGAAAAUGUCAGAAGACGACUCCCAGGAAGUGAAGGUAGAAACCUUCCACCAGAAAACAGUAAUUACUUCUGAGCUCCUAACUGUGUCUACCUCUGUCAAGACGGAAAGGGAAGCCAAAGUGGACAGUGACCGUAAAAAAACUGACAAUCAGCUAAAGAAGGAGACAUUUACAAAAGCUAAGAUGAAGCCAGAUGAAGUCCCACCUUCUCCUGCAGCUGUUCUAGCAAAAGAUAAAACUGAGGAAAUCACCGUCACUGCCGCCACUCAGGAACAAAUGACUCCCAAGUUACAGGCUGCAGCCCCUGACAUGGACCCAGAAAAAUCUCAGGAAAUCACUGUUUCCAAUGUGGAAACAGUGACUGUGCAGAAAGUGAGUCAGGUUGAGCUCAUGCGAGAGAGUGCGAAACCUGAGAAAAAAAUACGAGCGGCCCAGUCAGACUCUGAGAAAGUAACUGCUGAGGCUAUGUCUCUGCAGAGCACAGAGAAAGUUGCAGACAAGCAGCCAAAGGGGAAGAAAAGAGAGAAAAAACAGGUUAAGGUGUCACAAGAGGAAAAAACCAUAAACACAAAGUUUGUCCCUGCGACUGAAGGAGAAACACUGUCAUCCAUAACAACACUGCCUAUGGCUGCAGGCAGGGAUAGCCCAGCUGUGGCCUUUGAAAUGACAAGAACUAACGUUUCUUCAAAGAUGACUCCUGAAAGAAUGUGCAGUGAGGAAGUCGGGCAGGCAGCAGCUGUGCUCUCUGAGGCCCCGACAGACAAAGGGGAGGUGGAGCUAACGCAGCCCUCUGCAGAAAAAACCAAGCGGGAGGUUCCAAAAGCAAAAACAUCUUCCAGUGCGAGGAAAGCACCCGCACCCGAAGAUUUAGCGUCAGCUGAGGCACAGGCCAGCCCUCUCUCCAGGCAAGAAGAGCCUCCCAGAGUUGCACAACAUUCAGCCAGGCAGGCAGCAGAGUGCAGCACACAGGAAAGGCUCUCGGUCUCGGAGGCCUCAGUACACGAAGAAGACAAGAAGAGGGACUUGUCGGAGGACACACCCUCUGCCACUGCCACACCCGCAGCCCAGCCUGACCAGCCUCACCUGGGGGACACCAACAGCGCCGACACAGACGAGGCCAACAUGAGGAAGAAAAUAGUAGUGGUGGAGGAGAUAGUUGAGGUGAAGCAAAUCGUCAGCCCUCAGGCAACCGGGCAGCAGUCACCUCCCCCACCUGUGAAGACAGCAGAGGGGGAUGAAGACGAGGAGCUGGACCUAGAUGUUCUGGAGGCAAUCGCCAUAGAGCGAGCUCUCUUGGCCGGUGCUACAAGGGUCAAGGUGCAAGGGGCUUCACCUGACACUGACUGGGACCACUCAUUGGCAGAGCCAGAGGAGAAGACAUGGCCUAACUUCAUUGAAGAUGAACGAGAUCGGGUACAGAAGAAAACCUUCACAAAAUGGGUUAACAAGCAUUUGAUUAAGCCUGGGAGGGCAGAGGCGCAGCGUCAAGUGGCAGAUCUGUACGAAGAUCUGCGGGAUGGACAUAACCUGAUCUCGUUGUUGGAGGUCCUCUCCGGAGAAACUCUGCCGAGGGAGAAAGACAUGGUCAGGAGCGUUCGUCUGCCCAGAGAGAAAGGCCGGAUGCGCUUCCACAAACUCCAGAAUGUACAGAUAGCGCUGGACUUCCUGAAACACCGGCAGGUCAAGCUGGUGAACAUCAGAAAUGACGACAUCGCCGACGGGAACCCCAAGCUGACACUGGGGUUGAUAUGGACCAUCAUCCUCCACUUCCAGGUCUCCUCAUCUAUCUCAGACAUUCAGGUCAACGGCCAGUCGGAAGACAUGACCGCCAAGGAGAAGCUGCUGCUCUGGUCCCAGAGGAUGACAGACGGCUACCAGGGCAUCCGCUGCGACAACUUCACCACCAGCUGGAGGGACGGCAAGCUCUUCAACGCCGUCAUCCAUAAGCACUACCCCAGGCUCAUCGACAUGGGCAAAGUGUACCGACAGACCAACCUGGAAAACCUGGAGCAGGCCUUCCACGUGGCAGAAAGAGACCUGGGUGUGACCCGCCUCCUGGACCCCGAAGAUGUCGACGUCCCGCAUCCCGACGAGAAGUCCAUCAUCACUUACGUUUCAUCUCUGUAUGACGUCAUGCCUCGAGUCGACGUCCACGAUGGCGCCAGAGCGAAUGACCUGGAGCUACGCUGGCAGGAGUAUUACGAGCGGGUGACCCUGCUGCUCCAGUGGAUCCGCCACCAUGUCACCGUCUUCGAGGAGAGGAAAUUCCCCAGCAGCUACGAGGAGAUAGAGCUUCUUUGGCGCCAGUUCUUGAAGUUCAAGGAGGCGGAGCUGCCGGUGAAGGAGUCCGACAAGAGCCACUCCAAACACAUCUACCAGACCUUUGAGAGUGCAGUUCACGCCGGUCAGGUUAAGGUACCGCCCGGCUACCACCCCAUCGACGUGGAGAAGGAGUGGGGGCGACUUCAUGUGGCCAUACUAGAGAGAGAACGACUGCUCAGGAUUGAGUUUGAGAGACUGGAGAGGCUGCAGAGGAUUUUUGGUAAAGUCCAGAUGGAGUCCGGGUUGUGUGACGAGCAGCUCAGUCAUCUGGACGGCCUCCUGCAGAAGGACAUCGCUCUGCUGAACGCAGGGAAACCAGCUCAGCACACGGCGGAGGUGGACAGGGAGCUGGACAAGGCGGAAAGCACCAUCCGCCUGCUCUUCAACGACGUCCAGAUGCUCAAGGAUGGGCGCCACCCUCAGGCGGAACAGAUGUACCGCAGAGUCUACCGUAUUCACGAGCGGCUGGUGAACCUGCGCAGCGACUACAACCUCCGCCUGAAGGCACCGGCGGGUAAGGUCCAGGCCAUGCAGACCCAGCAGACCCAGCAGCAGAGCAGCGCCAAGGUGCGGCCAGAGCUGGACGACGUGACGUUGCGCUACGUCCAAGAUCUUCUGGCCUGGGUGGAGGAGAACCAGCGGCGCAUUGAUAAGUCGGAGUGGGGAUCGGAUCUACCCUCUGUGGAGUCUCAGCUGGGCAGCCACAGAGGUCUGCAUCAGACCGUGGAGGACUUCAAGUCCAAGAUCGAACGGGCCAAGUCCGACGAGAGCCAGUUAUCACCGGUCAGCAAAGGGACGUACAGAGAAUACCUGGGGAAACUGGACCUCCAGUACGGCAAACUGCUGAACUCCUCCAAGUCCCGCCUGAGGAACCUGGACUCCCUGCACGCCUUCGUCGUCGCAGCAACCAAAGAGCUAAUGUGGCUGAACGACAAAGAAGAGGAAGAGGUCAACUACGACUGGAGCGACAGAAACACCAACAUGACGGUGAAGAAAGAAAACUACUCCGGCCUGAUGCGAGAGCUGGAGCAAAGAGAGAAGAAGGUCAACGACAUCCAGGCCAUGGGAGACAAGCUGGUCAGAGACGGACAUCCCGGGAAGAAGACAGUGGAGGCCUUCACAGCCGCCCUGCAGACUCAGUGGAGCUGGAUCCUGCAGCUGUGCUGCUGCGUCGAAGCUCACCUUAAGGAAAACAUGGCUUACUACCAGUUCUUCGCCGAUGUAAAGGAAGCACAGGACAAAAUGAAGAAGAUGCAAGAGAGCAUGAAGAAGAAGUACAGCUGCGACCGCUCGACCACCGCCACGCGCCUGGAGGAUCUGCUGCAGGACGCCGUGGAAGAAAAGGAACAGCUGAAUGAAUUUAAGACUUUGCUCAACGGACUGAACAAGAGGUCCAGGUCCGUCAUCCAGUUGAAACCCCGUAAUCCCACCACCCCCAUCAAGGGAAAGACUCCUAUUCAAGCUGUCUGUGACUUCAAGCAGCAGGAGAUCACGGUCCAUAAAGGAGAAGAGUGUGCUCUGCUCAACAACUCGCAGCCCUUCAAGUGGAAGGUGUUGAACCGCUCUGGAAACGAAGCGGUGGUUCCUUCUGUCUGCUUCCUUGUGCCUCCUGUCAAUAAGGAGGCGGUGGACAGCGUGUCGAGUCUGGAUUCAAAUCUUCAGCAGAUGACCUCCAUGUGGCAGAUGCUUCACAUUAACUUGAAGAGCCUGCUGUCAUGGCAGUACCUGACCAGAGACUUCACACAGAUACGCUCCUGGAACAUCGCCAUGUUAAAAACCAUGAAACCAGAAGAAUACCGGCUGGUCAUGAGAAACCUGGAGGCCCACUAUCAAGACUUCAUGCGGGACAGCCAGGACUCCCAGCUUUUCAGGCCCGACGAUCGCAUGCAGGUGGAGGACGACUACAACAAAGUCAGCCAGCAUUUUGACAACCUGCUUCGCUCCAUGGAGAAAGGAGAAUUUCAGGUUGUUAGGCCGAAAGGCCAACAGGACGAGACCCUGUGCAAGAACUACAUCUCCGAGAUCAAGGAUCUGCGUCUGCGCAUCGAGAACUGCGAGUCUCAGACUGUGAGUCGCAUCCGCAAACCGCUGGACAAGGAGCCGCUGAAGGAAUGCAGCCAGAAGUGGGGAGAGCAGCAGAAAGUCCAGGGAGAGCUUGAGGGACUUAAGAAGGACCUGGAUAAGGUGUCUGUGAAAACCCAGCAGGUGUUGGCGUCCCCUCAGCAGCCGGCCUCGGCUCCUGUGCUGCGGUCCGAACUGGACGUCACCGUGCAGAAGAUGGACCACGUCUACAUGCUCUCCUCUGUCUAUCUUGAGAAGCUGAAGACCGUGGACAUGGUGAUCCGGAACACCCAGGGAGCGGAGGGAGUGCUGAAGCAGUAUGAGGACUGCCUGCGGGAGGUCCAGGCUGUUCCCAGUGACGUCAAGGAGGUGGAGGCACAACGAUCCAAGCUGAAGAAAAUGCGAGGCGAGGCUGAGAGCGAGCAGCCGGUGUUCGACUCGAUGGACGAGGAGCUGAAGAAGGCCUCCGCCGUCAGCGACAAGAUGUCCCGCGUUCACACCGAGCGGGACAUCGAGCUGGACCACUACCGCCAGCUGACCGGCAGCCUCCAGGACCGCUGGAAAGCCGUGUUCACCCAGAUCGACCUUCGCCAGAGAGAGCUGGAGCAACUCGGCCGGCAGCUGGGCUACUACCGCGAGAGCUACGACUGGCUCAUGCACUGGAUCGCCGACGCCAAGCAAAGGCAGGAGAAGAUCCAGGCCAUGCCCAUCACCGACACCAAAACUCUCAAAGACCAGCUGGCACAGGAGAAGAAACUCCUGAGUGAAAUUGAGCAGAAUCAAGGCAAAGUGGAUGAGUGUCAAAAGUACGCUAAAGCAUACAUUGAUACAAUCAAGGACUAUGAACUGCAGCUGGUUGCCUACAGAGCUCAGGUGGAGCCUCUUGCUUCUCCUCUGAAGAAAUCCAAACUGGAUUCUGCUUCUGACAACAUCAUUCAAGAGUAUGUGACUCUGAAGACUAAGUACAGCGAGCUGAUGACGCUUACUAAUCAGUACAUCAAGUUCAUCAUCGACAUGCAGCAACGCUUGGAGGACGAGGAGAAAGCUGCACAGAAACUCAAAGCGGAAGAACAAAAAAAGAUGGCAGAGAUGCAGGCUGAGUUAGACAAACAGAGGCAGUUAGCUGAAGCUCAAGCGAAGGCCAUGGCUGAAGCUGAAAAAGAGGCCCGUGAGCUGAAGCUGAAAAUGCGGGAUGAAGUAAACAGGAGAGAGAUCGCUGCGGUUGAUGCAGAAAAGCAAAAGCAAAACAUCCAGCUGCAGCUGUGUGAGCUUAAAAACCUCUCAGAGCAACAGAUCCAAGACAAAAGCCAGCAGGUGGAUGAAGCUCUGCAAAGCAGAGUCAAGAUUGAAGAGGAGAUUCGCUUCGUGAGACUCCAGCUUGAGACCACCGAGAAACAAAAGGCUACCGCAGAAUCGGAGCUCAAGCAGCUUCGCAACAGAGCCGAUGAAGCAGAGAAACUCAGAAAGGCAGCGCAGGAAGAGGCAGAGAAGCUCCGUAAACAAGUCAGCGAAGAGACACAGAAAAAGCGCCUGGCCGAGGAGGAACUUAAGCGCAAGUCUGAGGCGGAGAAGGAGGCGGCGAAACAGAAACAAAAGGCUCUGGAAGACCUUGAGAACCUCAGAAGGCAGGCCGAGGAAGCCGAGAGGCAAGUCAAGCAAGCCGAGGUUGAGAAAGAACGACAAAUCAAAGUGGCUCAUGAGGCAGCCCAGAAAAGCGCUGCUGCUGAACUCCAGAGCAAACACACUUCGUUUGCAGAGAAGACCUCCAAGUUGGAGGAAUCACUCAAGCAAGAGCACGGCACCGUCCUCCAGCUGCAACAGGAAGCAGCUCUCCUCAAGAAGCAACAGGAGGAUGCAGAAAAUGCCAGAGAAGAAGCUGAGAAGGAGCUGGAGAAAUGGAGACAGAAAGCCAACGAAGCCCUUCGUCUGAGACUGCAAGCCGAAGAAGAAGCGCACAAGAAGACGCUGGCCCAGGAAGAAGCUGAGAAACAAAAAGAGGAUGCAGAGCGCGAGGCCAAGAAGCGAGCCAAAGCUGAGGAUUCGGCUCUGAAGCAGAAGGACAUGGCGGAGAAAGAACUGGAGAGGCAGAGGAAGGUCGCCGAGAGCACGGCUCAGCAGAAGCUCACUGCAGAACAGGAACUCAUUCGACUCAGGGCAGAUUUCGACAAUGCAGAGCAGCAGAGGUCCUUGCUUGAGGACGAACUCUACCGUCUCAAGAACGAAGUCCUUGCUGCCCAGCAACAAAGGAAACAACUGGAAGAUGAACUGGCCAAAGUUAGGAGUGAGAUGGAUUUACUUAUCCAGUUGAAAUCCAAAGCAGAAAAGGAAUCCAUGUCCAACACAGAGAAGAGUAAACAGCUUCUUGAAGCAGAAGCCUCCAAGAUGAGGGACCUGGCUGAGGAAGCAAGCCGACUCAGAGCCAUUGCUGAGGAAGCCAAGCAUCAGCGGCAGAUUGCAGAGGAAGAGGCGGCGCGACAGAGAGUGGAGGCUGAGAGGAUUCUCAAAGAGAAGCUCUCUGCGAUCAGUGAUGCUACUCGCCUUAAAACAGAGGCUGAGAUUGCCCUGAAAGAGAAGGAGGCUGAAAACGAGAGACUGAGGAGACAAGCAGAGGAUGAGGCUUACCAGAGGAAAGCCCUGGAGGACCAGGCAAACCAACACAAGCAAGACAUUGAGGAAAAGAUAGUUCAGCUCAAAAAGUCGUCUGAGGAUGAAAUGAACAGACAAAGGGCAUUGGUGGAUGACACCCUCAAACAGAAGCGGAUCGUUGAAGAGGAAAUCCGAAUCCUUAAGCUUAACUUUGAAAAGGCUUCGUCUGGAAAACUUGAUCUGGAGCUGGAACUUAAUAAGCUGAAGAACAUUGCGGAGGAAACUCAACAAAGCAAGCUCAGAGCAGAGGAGGAGGCUGAGAAGCUAAGGAGGCUUGCGCUUGAGGAAGAAAGGAGGAGAAGAGAAGCAGAAGAAAAGGUCAAGAAAAUUGCGGCAGCGGAGGAAGAGGCAGCCAGACAACGCAAGGUGGCCCAAGACGAGCUCGAGCGUCUGAAAAAGAAAGCAGAGGAAGCCAGAAAGCAGAAAGAUGAAGCUGACAAAGAAGCUGAAAAACAGAUUGUUGUCGCCCAACAAGCCGCCCUCAAAUGCAACGCAGCGGAGCAGCAAGUGCAAAGUGUCCUUGCUCAACAGAAAGAGGACAGCUUAAUGCAGAAGAAACUCAAGGAGGAGUACGAGAAAGCCAAGAAGCUCGCCAAGGAGGCGGAAGCCGCCAAGGAGAAGGCAGAAAGGGAGGCGGCUCUCCUUCGCCAGCAAGCAGAGGACGCAGAGAGACAAAAGGCCACUGCUGAGCAGGAAGCUGCCAUCCAAGCCCAAGCUCAAGAAGACGCUGAGAGAUUGAGGAAGGAGGCUGAAUUCGAAGCUGCCAAGCGAGCUCAGGCAGAAGCCGCAGCCCUCAAGCAGAAACAACAAGCCGAUGCUGAGAUGGCGAAGCACAAAAACCUGGCCGAGCAAACGCUGAAGCAAAAGUUCCAAGUGGAGCAAGAGCUCACAAAAGUCAAACUUCAGCUUGACGAAACAGAUAAGCAGAAAUCUGUCCUGGACGAGGAGCUCCAGCGCCUGAAGGACGAAGUCGAUGAUGCCGUCAAACAGAAGGCCCAGGUGGAGGACGAACUGUUCAAAGUUAAGGUUCAGAUGGAGGAACUACUCAAGCUGAAGAUGAAAAUUGAGGAGGAAAAUCAACGGCUUAUCAAAAAAGACAAGGACAACACACAACAAUUCCUUGCCGAGGAGGCCGAGAAGAUGAAGAAGCUUGCGGAAGAUGCCGCCAGGCUCAGUGUCGAGGCCCAAGAGGCUGCUCGCUUGAGGCAGAUUGCAGAAGACGAUCUCAACCAGCAGCGAGCACUUGCAGACAAAAUGCUCAAGGAGAAAAUGCAAGCCAUACAAGAGGCAUCCAGACUCAAAGCUGAGGCUGAGAUGCUCCAGAAGCAGAAAGAUCUGGCUCAGGAGCAGGCGCAAAAGCUCAUGGAGGACAAACAGCUAAUGCAGCAGCGUCUGGAGGAGGAAACUGAGGAGUACCAGCGAUCGCUUGAAGCGGAAAGGCAAAAGCAACUGGGAAUCCUGGCAGAAGCCGAAAAACUCAAACUUCAGGUCUCUCAGCUCAGCGAUGCCCAGGCCAAAGCGGAAGAAGAGGCUAAAAAGUUCAAGAAACAGGCAGACUCGAUUGCAGCCCGCCUUCACGAGACAGAAAUUGCCACACAGCAAAAAAUGACGGCUGUCGAAAAACUGGAGUAUGAGAGACAAAGUACCAGCAAAGAGGCUGACCAUUUACGCAAAGCAAUCGCAGACCUAGAGAAUGAGAAGGCUAGACUGAAAAAGGAGGCUGAGGACCUUCAAAAUAAGUCAAAAGAGAUGGCUGAUGCACAACAGAAACAAAUUGAGCAUGAGAAGACCGUGCUUCAACAGACAUUCUUGACGGAAAAGGAGAUGCUCCUGAGGAAGGAGAAGCUAAUUGAAGAAGAGAAAAAGAGGCUGGAAAGUCAGUUUGAAGAAGAAGUGAGGAAGGCAAAAGCACUCAAGGAUGAACAAGAACGCCAAAAACAGCAGAUGGAGGAGGAGAAGAAGAACCUUCUGGCUACCAUGGAUGCAGCACUCAGUAAACAGAAAGAGGCAGAGCAAGAAAUGCUAAAUAAGCAGAAAGAAAUGCAAGAACUAGAGAGAAAGAAGUUAGAGCAGGAAAGAAUUCUCGCAGAAGAAAACCAGAAGCUGCGUGAGAAAUUACAACAGCUUGAAGCCCAGAAAGAUCAGCAUCCAGGGGGCACUGACGUUGACGCCAACAAAGAACAUGUACAUUUGAAAACCAUUGAGAUAACAAAGACGGUUUACAAUGGUCAAUCUCCUGCUGAUAUGGUAGAUGGUGUAGAAAAGAGACCAGAUCCUCUAGCUUUUGAUGGUAUCCGUGAUAAGGUGCCAGCAAGCAGACUCCAUGACCUUGGUCUUUUACCCAAGAAGGACUUUGACAAGCUUAAAGAUGGCAAAACUACAGUUCAGGAGCUUAGUAAAGCUGACAAUCUAAAGCAAAUUCUUCAAGGAAAGCAUGCCAUCGCUGGUGUUUUAACACCAAAAAAUCAAAAGAUGUCUGUUUACCAAGCUUCAAAGGAAAAAAUGAUUACCCCUGGCACAGCCAUGAUACUUCUUGAAGCACAGGCGGCCACAGGUUACAUUUUAGACCCCAUAAAGAAUCAGAAGCUUUCUGUUAAUGAGGCAGUGAAGGAAGGUUUGAUUGGCCCUGAACUACAUGACAAAAUGCUUUCAGCUGAAAGGGCUGUUGUUGGCUACAAAGAUCCUUACACUGGUGGGAAGAUCUCUGCUUUCGAAGCGAUGAAGAAAGGUCUGAUAGAACGUGACCAUGCAAUAAGAAUCCUUGAAGCCCAACUUGCCACUGGUGGCAUUGUUGACCCUGUCAACAGUCACCGUGUACCCAAUGAAACGGCCUAUAAACAGGGACAGUAUGAUGCAGAAAUGAAUAAGGUUAUGGAAAAACCAUCAGAUGACACAAAGGGAUAUUUUGACCCGAGCACUCAGGAACCACUGACAUAUUCUGAACUUAUGGCAAGAUGCUCUGCUGACCCAGAAACCAGCCUGUUACUCCUGCCAAUCACAGAAAAAGCUGCUCAGUGCUCUAGCAUGUACACAGAAGAGGAGACUAAAGAUGUUUUCAACAAAACAACUGUGUCUGUGCCAUUCGGAAGAUUCCAGGGUAAAACUGUCACCAUCUGGGAGAUCAUCAACUCAGAGUACUUCACUGAAGACCAGAAAAAAGACCUUCUCCGCCAGUACAGAACUGGAAAAAUAACCAUUGAGAAGAUAAUUAAGAUAGUUAUCACUGUGGCUGAGGAGAAGGAGAAGAAGAAGGAAAUAACCUUUGAUGGUUUAAGAACAUCUGUUCCUGCCAGUGAACUCCUGGAAUCCAAAGUCAUCGAUAAUGAUCUUUACAACAAAUUGCUGAAAGGAAAUGUAUCAGUCAAGGAUGUCUCUGCAAUGAAACCAGUUCACAAAGCACUCCAGGAUACAAACUGCAUAGCCGGGGUACUUAUUGAUUCAUCCAAAGAGACGAUGUCCUUCUAUCAAGCUAUGAAGAGGGACAUGAUGAGGACAGGGCUUGCUUUGAAAAUGCUUGAAGCUCAAGCAGGAUCAGGCUAUGUGGUCGACCCUGUUCAAAAUCAAAAGUACACUGUUGAUGAGGCUGUCAAAGCUGGGGUUGUUGGUCCUGAGCUCCAUGAAAAGCUCCUGUCUGCAGAGAGAGCUGUUACUGGUUACAAAGAUCCUUACACUGGAAAGACAGUCUCUCUUUUCCAAGCAAUGAAGAAAGAUCUCAUUCCUAAAGAACAAGGUAUCAGACUGCUUGAUGCCCAAAUGACCAGUGGUGGCAUCAUUGAUCCAGUGAAGAGCCAUCGUAUACCUGAUGAUGUUGCUUUCAAGAGAAAUUAUUUAGAUAAUGAAAUGAAACAGCGACUAAGCAGUCCAACUGAUGAAACUAAAUGUUUCUUUGAUCCAAACACAAAAGAAAAUGUCACAUACUCCCAGCUGUUUGACAGGUGUGUUACAGACAAAAAAACUGGUCUUAAGCUUCUUCCACUUAGUGAUAAAGCAAUUAACGAUAAAGAAGAAGCGACGUACACCGAAGCCCAAACAAAAGACACUAUGACACAAGCAACUGUGGAGCUUGACUAUGGACCAUUCAAGGGCAGAAAAAUGACACUAUGGGAGAUUAUUCACUCUGACUAUCUCACUGAAGAACAAAGACUCGAACUGAUUAGACAGUUUAGAUCAGGAAAAGUUACAAUUGAAAAGCUUCUGAAGAUCAUUAUCACAAUUGUGGAAGAGAAGGAGGCUAAGAAAAAGGAGCAGUCCAGCUUUAAGGGACUCAGAGAUCAUGUUCCAGCAGACACCUUGUUUGAUUCCAAAAUAAUUGACAAAACAACCUUUGACCUUCUUCAGCAAGGCAAAACAACACCUAAAAAAGUCAGUGAGAAUCCAAAUGUCAGUAAAUACCUUCAGGGCACUGAGAGUAUUGCUGGGAUAUACUUGGAGCCUACCAAGGAGAAAAUGAGUAUCUAUCAGGCUAUGAAGAAAAAGCUCCUAAGGCACAACACUGGGCUUUCGCUUCUUGAGGCGCAGGCUGCAACUGGGUUCAUUGUAGAUCCAGUGAAAAACCAAUGUCUCUCAGUAGACGAGGCAGUGAAGGCAGGACUCGUUGGUCCAGAACUCCAUGAAAAACUCCUCUCAGCAGAAAAAGCAGUCACUGGCUACAAGGAUCCAUUUACCGGGAAGAAAAUCUCCCUAUAUGAAGCAAUGCAAAAGGAUCUUAUACUCAAAGAACAUGCCAUCCCCCUGUUGCAAGCUCAGAUGUUCAGUGGUGGAAUCAUUGAUCCUGUAAAGAGCCACCGGGUCCCAACUGAUGUGGCGUACCAGAAGAACAUUUUCAGCAAGGAAGUUGCCAAGACCUUGUCUGAAUCUUCAGAUGACAACAAGCCUUUCUCAGAUCCAGAAACUGAUGAAAAUGCAACCUACAAGCAACUUAAAGACAAAUGCCAAAAAGAUAAAGACACAGGCCUGUAUAUUUUGCCACUCUCCAAACCUCAGUCUCCAACCAUCGUGGAAAAAACAUACCUUUAUACAGAAGAACAAACCCAGAGUGAUCUUACCAACACCCAAAUUGACAUUCCAAUUGAGGGGCUUGCUGAUAAACCAAUGAACCUGUGGGAUGUCAUGAACUCAAACUUGCUUCCAGAGCAUGAGAGGCAGAAACUCUUGGAAGAGUACCGUUCUGGUAAAAUCACUAAAGAACGGAUGAUUAUCAUUAUAAUUGAGAUAAUGGAGCAGAGAGAAGUUGUCAUACAUGACAGUCCAUUGUCAUAUAAGACUAUAAGAAGAAGGAUAACUAUUGAGGAGCUCUACAACGCCCGCAUCAUUGAUCUCGAGACAUACAACCUUCUGAAACAGGGGAAGAGAGACAUUCGUGAUAUAAUGGAGAUGACCAGUGUAAAACAGUAUCUCUAUGGCACAGGCUGCGUCGCUGGUGUCACAACAGACUCGAGUGCCAAGAUUAGCAUAUAUCAAGCAAUGAAAAGAGGUUUUCUCAAACCAGAAACAGGCCUUACUCUCUUAGAGGCACAAGCUGCAACAGGCUUUAUUAUUGAUCCAGUAAAGAACGAGACACUCACUGUUGAUGAAGCUGUUCGUAAGGGAGUUGUUGGACCAGAGAUCCAUGACAAACUACUUUCAGCUGAAAGAGCUGUCACUGGAUAUAAGGAUCCAUACAGUGGGAAGGUCAUAUCUCUUUUCCAGGCCAUGAAAAAGGAUCUUGUUCCAGAGGAUUAUGCCCUGAAAAUGCUGGAGGCUCAAACUGCUACUGGGGGUAUCAUUGAUCCAGAAUUCCAGUUCCAUCUUCCAGCUGACAUUGCCUUGCAAAGAGGUUAUAUCAACAAGGAGACCAACGAGAAACUCACAGACAGUGUCAAGGGGUUCAUCGAUCCUGUUAAUGAAGAUCAACUGUCAUAUGCAGACCUUCUCAAGAGAUGCAAGCUUGAGGGUGGAUUGCGACUACUCUCCCUGGGAGAUAAGAGGUUAACAUUCAAGGGUUUGAGAAAACAGAUCACAAUGGAGGAGCUGAUUCGCUCACAAAUUAUCGAUCAGCAGACUGUCACUGAAUUGAAUGAAGGCAUUCUUUCAGUUGAGGAAGUUAGCAAUAGACUCUCAAGAUACCUUGAGGGCACAAGUUGUAUUGCUGGAGUGUUCUUGGAGUCGAGCAAAGAACGCCUAUCAAUUUACCAGGCCAUGAAGAAAAACAUGAUUAGACCAGGCACUGCAUUUGAACUUCUUGAGGCUCAGGCAGCCACAGGAUAUGUCAUUGAUCCAAUCAAGAACCUUAAACUUACAGUAAAUGAGUCUGUAAAGAUGGGAAUUGUAGGUCCAGAAUUCAAAGACAAGCUUCUCUCUGCUGAGCGUGCAGUGACAGGGUAUAGAGAUCCUUAUUCAGGCAAGACAAUCUCUUUGUUCCAGGCCAUGAAAAAGGGACUCAUCUUGAAAGAUCAUGGCAUCCGUCUCCUAGAAGCCCAAAUUGCCACUGGGGGAAUUAUUGACCCAGAAGAAAGUCAUCGCUUACCAGUUGAGGUGGCCUACAAGCGUGGUUUAUUUGAUGAAGAAAUGAAUGAAAUUCUGACUGACCCAUCUGAUGACACCAAAGGCUUCUUUGAUCCCAAUACUGAAGAAAAUCUGACCUACCUCCAACUUAUGGAGAGGUGUAUUACUGAUCCUGACACUGGCCUAGUUCUUCUGCUACUAAAAGAAAAGAACCGAGAAAGAAAGACCUCCUCCAAAUCAUCUGUCCGUAAACGCAGAAUAGUCAUUGUAGACCCAGAGACAGGCAAAGAAAUGUCUGUAUAUGAGGCCUACCGCAAAGGACUCAUUGACCACCAAACUUACAUGGAGCUUUCGGAACAGGAGUGUGAAUGGGAGGAAAUCACAAUGACCUCCUCUGAUGGCUCUGUCAAAUCUGUAAUUAUUGAUAGAAGGUCAGGCAGGCAGUAUGACAUUGAUGAUGCUAUUUCACGUGGAUACAUUGACCAGAAUUCUCUAGAUACAUACAGAGCUGGGAACCUGUCCAUUACAGAAUUUGCUGACAUGCUUUCUGGAGGUAUGGGAGGCUUCCGUUCACGCUCAUCCUCAUUUGGCUCCACCACUGGUUCCAGUUACUCCACUUCCAUGAGCCCCAUACCAUCCACUAAACCACCUGCAGUGAUAUGGAAUGACCCAUCUGAAGAGACAGGACCUGUAGCAGGAAUAUUGGACAUAGACACAUUGGAGAAAGUGUCUAUCACUGAAGCAAUCCAUAGAAACUUGGUGGACAACAUAACGGGCCAAAGGCUACUUGAGGCCCAAGCCUGCACAGGAGGAAUUAUUGACCCUGCAAGUGGGGAAAAGUUGUCAGUUACCGAAGCUACAGACAAAGGCUUGGUUGAUAAGGUUAUGGUUGAUCGUCUCAACCUGGCACAGAAAGCUUUUAAUGGAUUUGAAGACCCCAGAACUAAGGUGAAGAUGUCAGCUUCCCAAGCUCUGAAGAAAGGCUGGCUGUAUUAUGAGGCUGGUCAGCGUUUCCUUGAGGUUCAAUAUUUGACAGGUGGACUUAUUGAGCCUGAUGUCACAGGCCGAGUGUCUCUGGAUGAGUCCAUCAGAAAAGGAACAAUUGAUGCUCGUACUGCCCAAAAACUGAGAGAUGUCAGUGCCUAUUCAAAAUAUCUGACGUGCCCAAAAACCAAGUUGAAAAUCUCAUUCAAAGAUGCCAUGGACAGAAGCAUGGUGGAGGAGGGAAGUGGCUUAAGGCUUUUGGAGGCCUCCUCGCAAUCAAGCAAAGGCCUCUACAGUCCCUACAAUGCCAGUGGCUCUGGAUCUGCAUAUGGCUCUCGGACAGGGUCAAGAACCGGAUCCCGAUCCGGAUCCAGGAGAGGCAGCUUUGAUGCUGGCUCAGGGUUCGGCAGCAUGAACUUCUCAUCCUCCUCCUUCACAUCUACAUCCAGCUACAGCCGCAGAUAUUGAUUAGCUACUGCUGUUCCUAACACCUUUUGAUUAAGAACCAAUAUUACUAAUGCACUUUAUAGAUGCAUUUCUCACAGGAAAAAAUAGUUACACUAGUAAACCAAAAGUAUAAUUUAUUUAUUCAUAAUUGCAUGUGGUCAAAUUAACAUUGCCUCAGUUAUGGAUCUUUCUUUUUCUAUAUAUAUAAUUUUUUUUUAACAGUAACAGUAUCAACAGGUGCCUUUCUUAUGAAGGUGUAGUCAUGCAUCACCAAAAAUCCAGAAAAUCAAAAUCAUUUAAUACAGAUUAACAAGUCAAAAUUUUCUAAGACAAAAUUCAAAGCAUGACAUUUCUGCUGCUUUUAAGUGACUAUGCUUUGUUUUUGUUUUUGUUUUUGGUUUUGUUUUUUUUUUUUUACAAGUGUUCAAUAGAUGUACACUAGUGCUUUCUAAGACUAAUAUAUAUUGUAUGCAUACCAAACAAAACUAUUUUUCCAAUAUUCUUUUUUUUCUUCUCUUUUUAAAGCUGUUAGUCAUUUAGUGAUUUUUUUGUUUGUUUGUUUUAUAACUUUAUGACUGGUAGUAAUGACAAAUUGAAUGUCAACACAGUUUUAAUGGAUUUUAUCUAAAAAUGUAUGGAUGCCUUUGAAACAUUGAAAUGUUUGUAUAGAGUGUGUAAUGAUAUUCGUAUCGUCCUUUUCUCUCUCCAUGUGUACACUGUACCCAGUAAAUGAAACCAAUUAUAGCAGUAAAACACUACAAAAUGAGACACUAUUAGAAUACAUUACUGAAAAAGACUGUUGUAAUCAUUCAUUGUGACAUGAGUUCCACGUUGUCAUUACGUUUGGCAUUUUGUAAUAAGUGGAUGAGUGCAUUUCUUUGUUGUUGUGCAAACUCUAAAUUGUGGGUAUCUCAAAUUGAACAUCAGUCAAGUGUUCCAGCUAAAUCCCAAGAUGAUGUCACACUCAAUCCUGCACCCCUUCACAGAGCUGCCUGAUUUUGACUUUUAUGGAUCAAUCAGUCAGAUUCCAAAGCGUUAGUAUGGAUACUCAGUUGACCAGAGUGCGCACCUCGCCUGUCUUUGACGGAAAUGUGCGUCAGUGUCACCCUCGCACAGACAAACAGAUCCACUUCCUUCCACCAUCAUGUGUCACAUUCGAGGGAAACUGAGACUGAGCGAGCUUCAUCUUGGGAUGCCAUUUUUCCACAAACAUUCUCUAGUUGUGUGCCUUUGGCAGGUUAUUCUUACUUGAAUGAUAAUAGUGAUUUUUUUUUUUCUAGAAUAUGUUGAAAUAAAUACCCCCUCCCAUAACACAAUCUGCACCAACAGACUUGAAAUUGAGACACUUCAGCAAAAUAAAAGCACAUUUUUGGCUUUGGUCAUACUUAUGUUGAUUGAUUUAUUAUAAAUCCAGUUAAACCAAAGUGUCAAUAAUUUCACUAGCAUGAAUGUAGGCAUUUCUUUCAGAUUCACUCCUAUUAUCUGACGUUUUUACAACAGCAACCUGAAAAGACUGCUUCUUGUUUUUGUUUUGUGGUGGGGGUUUUUUCCAUACCAUGCAUUUCUGUUUUGCAUCAUUUUACAUUGUUUUAAACAUGUUUUUGUUGUCAUAAAGUGCCUUGCACGUUUUAUUAACUUUGCUGAGAUUAAGAGGAAACAUUUUGUCAAACGUAAACUUCUUUUUCUUUUUAAAUCCACUUAACUUUAGCAUCACAGGCCGAUUCUGCUUUUUGGGGGCAAAUGCUGCUUUAACGAAAACGAUGAAUUUUUGAUGUAUUUGAUGAUAACAUGCUGUAAAUAAAUAUGCGAACAGGA